CUCUCAAAAAAAAAGUGAACAGGAACAAAAGCUUUCGUCGACCGCAGGAAGAGAACCAAACCAAACCCAGCUCCCCCAGCCGACGAUGGCGACGGUGGCGAUGGACAUCUCGAAUCCCCUACCGGUCGCGUCCGGCGAGGACGCGGCGAAGGGCGCGCGCGGCGGAGGGGAGGGGCUGCGGCAGUACUACCUGCAACACAUCCACGACCUGCAGCUCCAGAUCCGCCAGAAGACCCACAACCUCAACCGCCUCGAGGCCCAGCGCAACGAUCUCAACUCCCGAGUUAGAAUGCUUAGGGAAGAGUUACAGCUGCUUCAAGAACCAGGCUCUUAUGUUGGUGAGGUGGUGAAGGUCAUGGGCAAAUCAAAGGUUCUAGUGAAGGUGCAUCCGGAAGGCAAAUAUGUGGUAGAUAUUGAUAAGAGCAUCGAUAUUACGAAAAUAACACCUUCAACAAGAGUUGCGCUCCGGAAUGAUAGCUAUAUGCUCCAUUUGAUCCUGCCUAGCAAAGUCGAUCCAUUGGUCAAUCUUAUGAAAGUUGAAAAGGUUCCAGAUUCUACUUAUGAUAUGAUUGGAGGUCUUGACCAGCAAAUCAAGGAGAUCAAAGAGGUCAUUGAGCUUCCCAUCAAACAUCCUGAGCUAUUUGAGAGCCUUGGAAUUGCCCAGCCAAAGGGUGUCCUCCUUUACGGACCUCCAGGCACUGGAAAAACAUUACUGGCGCGUGCAGUUGCUCAUCACACUGACUGUACCUUCAUCAGGGUAUCUGGUUCUGAAUUGGUUCAGAAGUAUAUUGGUGAGGGAUCGCGGAUGGUCCGUGAACUCUUUGUAAUGGCUAGGGAGCACGCACCAUCCAUUAUAUUCAUGGACGAAAUAGACUCUAUUGGAUCUGCUAGAAUGGAGUCUGGAACUGGCAACGGUGAUAGUGAAGUGCAGCGCACCAUGCUUGAGCUUCUAAACCAACUUGAUGGUUUUGAAGCAUCAAACAAAAUUAAGGUUCUGAUGGCAACAAACCGGAUAGAUAUCUUGGACCAAGCCCUUCUGAGGCCUGGCCGCAUAGACAGGAAAAUCGAAUUCCCGAACCCUAAUGAGGAUUCACGAGGUGAUAUCUUGAAGAUUCACUCAAGAAGAAUGAACUUGAUGCGUGGAAUUGAUCUGAAAAAGAUCGCUGGAAAGAUGAAUGGAGCUUCAGGAGCCGAGCUAAAGGCGGUCUGCACCGAAGCGGGAAUGUUUGCUCUCCGGGAGAGAAGAGUGCACGUAACCCAGGAAGACUUUGAGAUGGCGGUGGCCAAGGUGAUGAAGAAGGACAACGAGAAGAACAUGUCCCUGCGGAAGCUGUGGAAGUGAAGACGCCCCCGUCUCAAAACCCCACCCAAAAGCUUUUGCCGCUUGCUGAAGCUGCGGAAGCCUGUAACUGCACGUUGUUGGACUUGUAUUUUAAGUUAUGCCGUUCCAUGUUUAAAACAAAGGUUUAAGAUUCACAUGUGGUAGCAUAAUGUUGCAUAGUUAAACUUAUGGUGUUUGGCUUAUCCGGUACACCAGUACCUCCAUACAAGUUUGGAGUCGUGCCUUCCAGUCCUCUGAGGAGGCGGGCGUGCACCCACUGAAAAAUACUCCCUCCGA